CGGCAGUGACGCCUUACUUUUCCUUGAUGUCCCCUCGAGUUUGGCGGACCAAUGUUCGACCAGAGAUCGACUACAUGGCUUUUAGAACAUGCUCAGGGCUGCAAAUUCACAGCAAGGUUCUGCUCUGUCAUGCUUAUCAAAGUUCCUGAGUGUAAAGACCUGAAAUCCUACGAUGCAGGGGGCCAUUGCUCGGGUGGGCAUGGUCAUGGUUGCCGCCAUACUGAACCACCCGCUUCUCUUUCCGAAUGAGAACACCACACUCCCGGACCAGGAUGAGGAGCUGAUCUCUCGCAUGCAGGAGUACGAGGAGCGGCUGGAGCGUGAGCAUGCCAGAUUGGAGUUGGAAUUUUCUUUGAUAGAAUCCAAACAAGAGGAGGUUACUGAAGACUACAGUUGGUACCUGUGGAGCGCCUUGUCUUUCUUCAUGUUUUUCAUAAUUGAAAUGCUCCGGGUGCAGGUUGGAGACGCUGAAAUCAGAGCGACUGAGGAUGAGGACUUGUUUACAGUUUGUGGAAGUGGCGGCGCUGACACCGUGGUGCUGGAUAAGAAUGACCUGAGCACCUUCUGCGACAAAUGCUCGUACAGCUCGGCCCAGAGAGCUCGGGAGUUUGUGGAAGGGUUUGCAGAUGAUCUGCUGGAGUCUCUGAGGAGUGUGUGUGACAGAGACACAGACAUGGAGGUCGGGGAUUUUGUGGGCGUUGGGAGCGUAUUCGAGUCGUGGACUGUGUCCAAGUCGCAGACUUUUGACCUCAUUGUGCCUUUCUGGCCUCCGGAUCGCUUUUGCUUUCAGUUCAGUCUGUGGUGCGAUCGUUCCCGGGACAUUCCUCCCGACCUUCCUGCCUGCGGCGUCAUAGAGGUGACCAGUGAAGAGGACUGCCUGUGUGGCACUGCCAACAUGGGAGAUGACAUGCUUUGUCUUCUGCACAAGGAGAGAACGUGCAGCCCCUUGGUGGACCCCAGUCCUGAGAAACUGCUCUGCUCCAAGAACUCUGUGCGCUUGUCCAAAGACCAGGCCAUGAAGUGGUUCCAGAUCUCUGUAACCAAAGCGUGGGGCCAGAUCUCGCACAAAUACGAUUUUGAGGUUUCCUUUCGGAACCUGGACGCAGCCGGUGCUUUAAAGAUCCGGUUCCCGUCAGGGAAGGUGAUCCUGAUGAACGUCAUUCCUGCUGUGCAGUUGGACGAUACCUGCGCCUACUUCGUCUGCCAUUUUCCCUCAGAAUGUCACACGGUGCCAGACCCUUACUGGCCCAUCUCCUUCGCCGUCUACGAGCGGAAUUUGCUGAAGCAUUUUGCGAAACAUCUGCCCCAACAUUCCUGCCACCUGCACUGUCUGCAGAUUGUUACAUUCCUGCAUAGGAAACAAACAGGACUGACGGGUGAAUGCGCUUUGACCAACUACCACUGGAAAACUGCAGUCAUGCACCUUUUGCUGGGUCAUCAGCCAUCAAAGUGGGGCCUUAAGAAUACAGAACGACAGCUGCGCGACGUUCUCUCCUUUAUGUGGUGGAGUCUUCACGAGAAAAGACUAAAUCAUGUCCUGAUUGGGAAUCCGAAAGUGCCAGAGGAGCUCCAGGUUCCUGAUGUGGUUCAAAAAGCAGAGCCAGUAAAUCUGUUCCGGUCUCUGGUGCUGCAUGGUGACCUCCAUGCUGCGGCACUGAGGCACUUCCAGGAGAUGGUGAGGAACUCGGCUGUGCUCCUUCAAGAGUACGCUCCUCUGUACUCUGGUUGAAUUUCUUCCUUGAGCAAAACGCCACUUCCGUUCUGACUAGCUCAGAACGCUCGGCUGGUGGAGAAACAAAAUGACUGAAUGACUUCCUCAUGUCAAGUUCUGAACUGUUAAAAAUCUAAAUCUAAAUGUAUUUAUCCAUUCGAAAAUAUAAGGCCAUUCAAAUUCAUUUUUGAAGUUCAGAUGCACCACCAUGACAAAGUUGAGCACAUCAUAAGUCAUAAGUCAUUUAAGUUCCAGUUUAGAAGUUAGUUUAAAUAGAACUGUUUGUAUUAAGUAAAGACUAUAGGGUCAACGUCUUUCAACUGUUUCACCAGCAGAUUAAAAAAAUGAAUUGGUGGUUGCUAAAGGUGUCAAGGGUGUUUACAAAAAAAGUUGGAUCAUAUUACAUCAGGGGUCACCACGGUGCCCACCUUGUUUCAGAAUUGUGUAGCAAACCGAUGGUAGCCUUUCGGGUCACACAGUGCCCUCGGAUUACACCUCACAGUUGCAAAAAGGUUGGUGAUUCCUGCAUUACAUCAACGAUCUAUGUCUGUUGUUUAAGAAAAAAACUAUUUCAAGUGUUACUUAUAUUUUUUUCUACAAAUUUAGUGUAUACUACCUUGUUUAUUUUGCUUACAUUCCCUUUUUUUUAGAAUCAUCUCUGAAGAGUGUUUCACAUGCUGCUACAGAUAUGGCAGCUACACUUGUCUAUGUAAAAUCUCCUUAAAGUUUCAUACAAGAUGGAAAGCUCACGGGUUAAGAUUUUUAAAUGUUUUAUUUUUAUAUUUAUGAUUCUUACAGUAUUUUUUGGUUAGAAAAUACAUAACAACCAAUGCACUGAUUUCUACAUGCAUCCAAUGGCAUCCUUGCAUAAUUCCCUUUAUUUAAAAAUAUUUGUAUUUGUAUCUUAAAAGUGUAUGGAAGAAAUGAAGGACAGAAUCAGGUUAUAGAUAUUCAUGUUUUAUUCUUAAAAGUGCCGCGUUUUGACAGUGAACCACAAGUUCACAUUCCAAUUUCCUUAACUGUUUGUUCUAUUUCCUUGUGUAUAUAUAAAAAAAUCCCAACCAUUUCAGUGAAAAUGUCUCUAAAGGCCAUAGUCGUAGUUAGCAUUUCCACUGAGCCAGCUGUUGACAAACCCCUCCAGGUAGUCGUCGGGGUGCAUGACUUCUUUGACAGCAGGGUCUUUCUUCAUGCACUCAAUCCACUUCCUUAGCCCAGGAGUGUCCUCCAGGUAUCUGGCACGACAAAGGGACUCAAUCACACUGCUCAGCAAAUGUGUUCCCUGCAGUGUGUUGUUCAGCUGUAUGGAUUAUUUCCCACCACAGUGGACGAUUAAUAAAGACGUUGGUGACUCACGGUGUCAGUCCGAAGGCCUUUUCUCUCUCCAGCCACGGCCAUAUCAGGUAAUCGAUCAUGCCGAUGGUGUCUCCGGCAAAGAAGUCAGUCUUCUUUACCUGUAAGAUCUGAUGAUCAAGCAAUAGUCAUUUCAUGCAGUGUUAGCUUUGAUAAGCUAAAACCUUUUCAUACUUCCCUAUUGCUGUACGACAAAUCUACAUUGCAUAAAAAGCAUUUUCUCUCGCCCAUAGGACGUCAAAUUCAAGUCAAAGCUUACAGAGGAAAAUGACCGUUUGAGAUCUUAUGUUCUUAAAUCAAUAUAACACGCCAUAAGCCCACAACAUCUGCUGUAGUUCCCAAUAAAGUUAAUAAUUACCAGCCUCAUAAAAAGUUGCCUAAUGAUCAUGAGAUUAAUAUUUAGCUCAGAAGUUUCACUCCAGACCAAGUUUUAAAGUGGAGCUAGUUUUCAUCACACACUGCCCUGAAUGGCUCAGGUACUCUUUUCCUCCGAGUCAUGAAUGUGUCGACGAAAGAUGUGGGCCUAGCACCACUUGAAAAAACCAACCUCCUCAAGCUCCUUCAACUUGUUCUUGACUUGCUCCUGCGUUUCACUGAUGUUCUCGCCCUUUUUUCUGCCCGUAGCGGUCUUGUAGAAGAGCGUGACAAUCUGUUUUAAACAGUGAAAUAUCAGUUACACCUUUCCAAAUGAGAAUUUGAGUGAAGCAAAACCUUGAUGUACCUCAGAGUAACGUUCCAGCAGCAUCUUCUGCUUCGCUUUGCCCAGAGGACAGGAGGGAAGCAGCUUCUUGCCUUCGUACUGCUCAUCCAGGAACUCACAGGUAACAGUGGAUUCACAUAUGAUGUCACCAGUGCACGUCUCCAGAACUGGGACCUUUCCCUGAGGAUUCUUCUUCAUAAACCAGUCGGGUUUAUCGCUCAGGUUGAUGUUGACGACCUCAUGGCUGCAUUAAAGAGAUCAGAACAAUGAGUGGACAACAUUCAAUAAACUCAGCGCCAGGAGAUGUGACAACAACAAUGCUACCGUACUUGAUUCCCUUAGCUUUCAGCACCAGCCUGGUUCUUUCAGCAUAUGGACAGAACCUCAUGCUGUAGACUCGGAUGAGGCCUUCGGGAACUGGACCUGGUUCAAGACUCCCUAAAACAACAAUGAAAUAGUUUUUAAGCAGCGUCAUAUGAAUGU